GUACUUCUUACUUGGACGGACGUGUCUGUGAAGUCUGCUUGAGUAAUAAACCCAACAACUGAUCUUAUUGCCUACAUUUGCAUUGUUUAUUUUCGUUCAGCCAACGCAACAAUAUUUAUUAUCUGUCGGCGCUCAUUUGCGUAAAUCAACGAUGGAUUUUCUUUGGUUCGCAAGUUUCUCCUUGACUUUCUGCGCUUGGUGUGCGUCUGCGGAACGGCACAGUGUAUUCUGGAAUAGCACGAAUCCCAAUUUCAUCUGGGACGAGUACACGGUAUCGGUCAGCAUCAAUGACUAUCUGGACAUAAUUUGCCCGCACUACACGCGCGGCGAGGUCCCCGCCCAGGAGGCCGAGCGCUACGUGCUGUACAUGGUGGAGCUGGAGGACUACGAGACAUGCAAGCCGCAGUCCUUCGACCAGCUGCGCUGGGAGUGCUCACGCCCGUUCGCCGCUCACGCGCCCGAGAAGUUCUCCGAGAAGUUCCAGCGCUUCACCCCCUUCACGCUGGGAAAGGAGUUCCGCGUGGGAGAGAGCUACUACUACAUCUCCAAACCUCUGCACCAUCACGGCCAGGAGUGCAUGCGUCUGAAGGUGGACGUUGUGGGCAGCCAUGGGCAUCAUGGAUCAAAGCACCACAAAAAUACUGACAAGAAGGAGGUGGAGGAGAAGGAGGUGGAGAAGCACACACGGGUGGGGGCAGGCGGCGGCGUGCACAACCCGUCCAACAGACUACCAGCUGAUGACCCUGUGGCCAUGAUCCCUGUGGUUCAGAGGAGUGUUGGCAGUUCAGCGGUGUCCCUCUCCUCCCUGUCCCUCCUCCUGACGUCCCUCUUCGCCCUCCUCACCCCUCUGCUGCACUGAGGCUGCCUCCAAAGAAAAUAACAAAAAAACAAACGGACUAAUGUGGACUCCUUUGGAAACGGUUUGGAACCAGUUUCAAACCAGUUUUAAAGUUGGAACCAGUUUCAAACCCGUUUUAAAGUUGGAACGCACACAACACAAAGACUGAAGCGAGCGCGGGACGCUGUGCACAAAUGGAAAAAAAAAGAACAAAAAUUUUAUAAUGAAGCUUUUUUUUAAUAUAAAGGUGAUGUGUCGCCUGUGAGACGAGGUGUUUGUUUGACACUUGAUUGAAGUGUUUUUUUUGUUUGCUUUUGUUUUAUGUGUGUGUGUGUGUGUGUGUGUGUGUGUGUGUGUGUGUGAGAAUACGUGGGGGUGAAUGGCGUGGCUCCAAGAAAACAAAAGUAUUUUUUGAAGGAUUUUCCCUCUUUCUUUUUAUGGAUUUCACCUCACCAUUUUAUCUCCAUUUCUUGAUCUUUUUAUGUGGACGGUUCCUUUCCAAGCUCCUGUAACAUUGUGAAAUGGACAAGGAGUGAAGAUGCCUUUCCAUUCAUCCACUUGACUUCUAAAGAAAAAUAAUAUAAGUGAGCUCUAAAACUGGAAUCUUUUAAGAAGAUAACAUAACAUAAAUGUCUAUCCAGGUGUAAAAGAAAAUCAAUAUUGUACCUCUUGACUCAAAGGCCACAGUCGUAAUUCAUACAUAUGCUAUAGUAUCCAUGUUGUAUGAGUUGAAUUGUAAAGCUAAUGAUACACACUAAUGUGUCCCUCCAGCCCAGCCUUUACUCCUGUCUAAGUGUAGCAUUUGUUCAGUACUCUGGGUGGUGGCUAUCUCUUGCAUCAUGUACCUGCAUCUUUUAUUGGAAAUUACAGUUUGCAGUCCAGUCUUUACUGUAAAACACACACACACACACACACACAUACAUUACCGGUACAGUUUGUCUUAUUUACAUCCCACAAUGCAUUAUCACACACAAUGACACAUUAUGCAACACAGAGGUGCUGUUUGAACUAAAGUGAUGUAGAUACUGAAGCAUUUGACAAGUACAGAGUCUGUUUUUGUUUACUUGUGUUUUUUCAUCCAUUUGUACAUAUUGUAAGUUUUGUAAAUAUGAAAGAUUAUAAGGCAUAUGCUUAUUUGUUAAAUAUUGAUAAUGUGAAACAAACAAAAUAAAAAGACAAUAUUGUUGAGAAAAAAUG